AUGAAAGUGGUAAACUUAAUAUUUUUCGCCUCGCUGGUGGGUUCUUCGUGGUGUGGCUUGAUCUUACACAAUAUUCGCGAUGAACUUCACUCCAAACUUUAUGGUCAUGGUUUGCAUGGUGAGAAUUAUCAAAAUUCUCCCAUUAUCAAUAUAAACAAUCAACAGCAAGUGGUGCAACAGUCAGCUGUUGCACCACUUGUUGCUGGGCAAAAUGUGCCUUCGGGUCCUCGCGGAGAUUAUGGUUCUCUGCCAUCGGGGUAUGAAAAUCAGUACUUGUAUGGUGCUAACUUUAAAGCUGGCAGUACAAAAUAUAGUCAUCAUGGCUACAAUCCCGAGUCACCUUCAUAUGGCAGUCAUCAUAUGGGUGGUGGUUUUCGUGGUGAGUCAGCCAGUGGCAUUUCAUCACAUCAAAUGAUGAAACAGGAAAGUUAUAAACAUCGUGAGGGUCCAAAGUUCGGUUAUCAUCAUGAUACGAAUAUAUUUGGCAAUGCUCAAGGUUUCAACAGCAAUAAUGUACCCAUAUACUCUUCCUCAAGUUCAUCUGCUUCCUCAUCAAGUUCAUCAUCUUUAGGUGGAUCGUCUUCAUCAUCUGCUAGUAGUAGUUCAAGUGCCGAAGGCAGUGGUGGUGUUUUUAGACCAUGGAAACGUCGUUCUUAGAUUGUUUGUAAUUGCUUUGAAAUUGGUGCCUUUUAUUUACAUUAAAUAAAAUGUUUGGUGUUCCCCUACUAAUCAAAUUUGCAAUAUC